ACUCCUCCUCGCUCUUUGGUUCCCCACCUCCUUCCUGUUUCAYCUCAGUUACUUUUUUGAAGUUCAGACUCACUAAGCAGGAAUGUGCUGAAGUGUAACUGUCACACAGUGAAGAAGAAAUAUCUUCUUUUAUUUUUGUUCAUAAAAUGCUUUUCGUUGCAGAAAUUCGGUACUUUCGUGGGGUCAUUUUCCUGUGUUAGGUCGCGUCUCCUCGACUGAGUUUGAAAAUAAAUAGAUAAAUAACACUAGUAGACUGAAGACCAUCACCAUGCCCGACCUGUCGAAGAUGAAGAAACCCGACGUGAAGCUUGUUUUCCUGGGCGACAUGAACGUGGGGAAGACGUCGCUGCUCCACAGAUACAUGGAGAGGAAGUUCAAAGACACCAUUAGCACCGUCGGAGGGGCUUUUUUCCUCAAACAGUGGGGACCGUACAACAUAUCAAUCUGGGACACAGCUGGUCGGGAGCAGUUCCACGGUCUGGGCUCCAUGUACUGCCGAGGAGCAGCCGCCAUCAUCCUGACCUACGACGUCUCUAACUGGCAGAGCCUCGCUGAGCUGGAGGAGCGCUUCCUGUCUCUCACUGAUACCGCCAACCACGACUGCAUCUACGCCUUGGUGGGAAACAAGGCCGACCUGACUGACUCCAAAGCCCACCUUUGCCAGGACUCGGACGGACUCCCCGAGGACCGAACCGAGUGCGAGGAGGAGAGGACAGAACCGCACGUGUUGUCCGCCUCUCCCACUCCUCCCGUGUCCCCCGUGUCCCUCUCCGAUAUGCUGCUUCACAAGCAGGUGGCGCGGGAGGACGCGGUGGCCCUUUACGGRAGAAUACUGCGAUACAAAGGCCUGGACGAGAAGAGCAGCCUCCCGGCAGACAAGAUGUGCUUCGAGACGAGCGCCAAGACCGGGUACAACGUGGACGUCCUGUUUGAGACGCUGUUCGACCUGGCGGUGCCCGCCAUCCUGRGGAAGAGACGAGAGAACCAGGCGUCUCCAACCGUAGAUCUGGAGGACUGGAGGCAGGUCAGCGGGAAGCGGGGCAAAUCCAGCUGCUGUUAGAGAUCUGAAGCAUCAACGAGGCUCCCAGCUGCAGACACGUUUUUAAUCAGUCGCCGUGUUUGACUGAGCAUUAAAUCCACACUGUGACGGUA